AUGGCCAACCUUACAUUAGAGACAGACUUCAUUCUCACUCAACUCUCUGACAGCAAGCAAACCCAGCUCUUCCACGGCUUUCUGUUUCUACUCAUCUACAUGAUCACUCUCAUGGGGAAUCUUCUCAUCUUUACCCUUGUCACCAUGGACCGGUGUCUUCAUACCCCAAUGUACUUCUUCCUGAAGAACUUGUCCUUCUUUGAUGUGGGCCUCAUUUCAGUCACUGUCCCCAACUUUAUUUGGAACUGUUUGACUCACAGGAGUAUCAUAUCUUUCUCAGGAUGUGUGAGUCAGGUCUUGUUGGUGGUUCAUUUUGUUGGGUGUGAGAUUUUCAUCCUGACAGCCAUGUCUUACGACCGCUAUGCGGCGAUCUGUCACCCACUACACUAUGAGGUCAUCAUGAACAAUAGAAUCUGUGCACAGUUGGUAGCUGUUUCUUGGUUCCUUGGCAGUAUCUUUGCCAUGUUAUUCUCAGGUGGAACUUUCUCUCUAUCAUUUUGUGGUUCCAGAAAACUCCCACAAAUUUUCUGUGAUGUCCCCUCUCUACUGAAGGUUUCUUGCUCUAGGAAACAUACCAUCACUGAUGUUAGUGUGACCAUUGCAAUCACAUAUGGAUUUCUGUGCCUUGUGUGCAUUGGGUAUUCAUACAUUUACAUCUUUAAUACAGUGCUGAGAAUGCCAUCCCUACAAGGGCGGUCGAAAGCCUUCUCCACCUGUGUGCCCCAUCUCAUAGUUGUCACCACGUUUAUAGUUACAGCUGCUUUCGCGCAUAUGAAACAAGUCCCUGACUCUCCACAGCUUGUGGACUUCUUAGCAUCUGUUUUCUAUUCUGUGGUGCCUCCAUCUUUGAACCCUGUAAUAUACAGUCUGAGAAAUAAGGAAAUCAAGGCUGCUGUUUGGAGGCUCCUAUGGAGACUGCAACAUUGUAUGUUGGGAAAACAAUAG